GAGGACUGACUGAGGCAGGCUGUGUGUAGACGAUUGUCUUUGCGAUACCUUCAUAGUUAAUUCGAAUAUUAUUAUAAUCUAUACACUAAUUUUCUUACUGUUUUUAUAUGCUAUUUGUAGUUUUAGGUUUUGCUUUCUUCUAGCCUAUAUAAAUAAUUGUGACUCAAGGAAUCACCCUGGAGAAGGCAUGCCUUUACAAUUGAAAGACCUACUUGUUGAAGAAAAGGAGUUGUUUGUUCCUCCCUUAGAACUUGUAAACCAAGCUUUGAAGGAUGGUCUCUCAAAAAACUUUGAAAAUGUUGACAUCAGCAUCGUCAACUGCCCAGAUUUGACAAAGAAGCCAUUUUCAUUGGCUUCACAAGGAUUAGGUGGAUCGCCUACUAUAGUGGAAGUGGGUGGAGUGCCAUAUCUUCUACCUCUUGUAAAUCGCUCAAAGGUUUAUGACUUUAAAGACAUCAAUGAAAUGACAGGGGUGGAUCCUGCAUUUGUGAUUGGGGCCGGAGCAGGUCCUUUUGUAUAUGCUGGUGUUAACUGUGAGCUGGUGGCAAAUCUAGUGGUGAAGAACAGCCAAGUCCGCAGUCUUACACAGAUUGCUAAGUUGAAAGACCAAAGUAAAGGAGAUGAAAUGGAAGCAUUAACACUUCCUGACUCUGAAUCCACUUAUGCUUUGAUGGGCAACUUGUAUGUCAGUGAGGGAAAAUCUGGUCAGGUUUUGAAAGUAAACUGUUCUAAGAGGAUUGGCAAAGAUGACUUUGUCAAAGCAGCUAGAGAGAGCUUACUUGCUGGAUUUCCAGGAAAAGCAAUUGGAGUGGGUGGAGCGUUCCUUGUGACCAACAGUAAGGUUAAGCAACAUGUGAUGCCGGACUUCUCCGAGACACCGCUCAAUAGUGACGAGGAUGUCAAUCAAUGGCUGAGGUUCUAUGACAUGAAUCCACCCCUCGUUGCAGUCGGAACUUUUGUCACCAAUGAUCCGGGAUUGAACCUGCGAGUGAUUCAUUUCCACUCUCUGAGUGACCACGGAGAGGCAGGUCACUACCACUAUGACACCCAGCCUGAUACUGUGGAGUAUCUUGCCUACUUCAGCCUCGGAGCUCGGGUCAUACGAGUUGAUCGUCCUCCCGAUUCUAGCAAGCUGGGUCACAAUUGAUCAGUAGCUAAUUCCUACUAGUUAAUUUAAUUUGUUUAGCAUUUUUUGAAUGUUUAUACAAUUAGAGCCAGCCUUAAUGUGAUCUUUAAUUGCUCCCUAGUUCUCAGAGUUACGAUAUUUCAUGUUGGUUUACUUAAAAAAUAUUCAAGGCAAUGCACAAUUAGUUGACAUUUGGUUUGAUAAAAAAACAGAAUCAUACCUUUUCCAUUUGAUA